GCUGAAUGAAACCAGGUGGUCGAGGAUACUGCAAUGCCUGCUGUGGGAGGGCACGAGCCUGUGGUUCGGGAUGAGGAUGGUUCUACAAAGAAUCCAAUUUGUUAGUGAGCAGCUCAACAGCCUACGUGACAUGAUCACGAGAACGAGGAUGAGGCAUGGCUCCGGCGAGAACAAGGAAUAUCCCUCAGACUCCUGGCGUAUAUGUGCAUGGCAAACACGUGAACAUAUCAUUGUGGAACAUUCCCGGAAAUUGCUCUCCGCCACGAGGUAUUCAUAGCGUGAGUUGUGCGAGGCAAACCCGCCGGGCCUUGCUGUUUGUCAUUCCGGUAGAAACGUCGAUCAGAUGUGAUGUAGAAGCUAGAAGAGGCCGUGUCGAGGAGCCGGGUUGUCGUGAUCCCGCGCGUGUGCUACCUGAUCAGGCUAAUUAUACGGUAAAGGAUCCAGGGACAAAGGACGUUUGUGGACGCCAUCUUCUCGACGCUGAAGUCAGAGUCAUCCCGGAGAUAAUGCUGUGUACAGCAGGAACCGAUGCUCGGUGCAAUAUUGUGCGACGCACAACAACGCUAUUGUCGUGCGCUUUGUCCAGAUACCGACGCAUCGAUUCUGAGGUCGUCGUUGCAUCCAUGGUCCCCAUAAUGGCUCCAAAAAUGCAGUCGGAGAUAUCACGCAAUCCAUGGCUGUUCGGCUCCGAAAGUUGCGCAGAAUUUGAAGGCACACAGUGCUGUAGGCUCAGCCAGACUGGAUAACUAAUUUCUGUAUGCUGGUUGUCGUCGAACAACGGAUCCGAUGUGGCUCGAACUUCACAGUGCCAGCGACAUGGGGACAACACAGCACAGAAAAGAACAAGCG